AUACUUUGGUGUCGAUACAAACAACUAGGUAAAGACACUGGAUAUCAGCACUGUUAUGCUAAUUGUUGGGGUGGUAUAUCUUUAGACUACUUGAAUAUCCCAGCUUGAAAUGAAAUCGCCUUCGGAAGGUUUUGGCGAACCGGACAACAUGCCGGUAACAAACGAUGCUGUUGAUCGUUAUGGAUUUUUCGGGGGUGAGCAAUUCUGGGAAUCAAACAUGCAGUAAGGUGAAUCAUCGGGUUAAACCAAAAUAUACAGAAAAUUACCCGAUUCCUUUUUGAAGAAAUUACGUCGAAAAGAGUUGAAAUGGAGGAACAUGCUAACUGAAUGGGACAAAUGGAUGCAUUUUAAAACAGAUCGGGUAAGAAACCGGUGUCGAAAAGGUAUCGCACCAGCUUUACGCUCAAGAGUGUGGCAGUAUCUCUGUGGAAGUAAUCAAAUUAUGCAUAUGGAACGUGGAAAAUAUCAGGUACUUUUAAGAAUGCCCGGUGAUCCGGAUACAAUUUCACAAAUCGAAUUAGAUGUUGGUAGACAGAUGCCUAAUCACGUACUUUUUGCUGCAGACCACAGUACAGGAAAGAAAUCUUUGUUUAAUGUACUCAAAGCAUAUUCACAGCUACACCCAGCUAAUGGUUAUUGUCAGGCUCAAGCACCGAUUGCUGCAGCGUUGCUUAUACACAUGCCAGAAGAAGAUGCAUUUUGGACUUUCGUCUGUUUAUGUAAUCGAUAUAUGACGGAUUAUUUUAAAUCCGGUCUUGUAAGAGUCAAAAUUGAAUUGAACAUGUUAUUUGAAUUAGUGAAGAAAUAUCAACCCGAUAUAUACUACCAUAUGGUGAAAUGUAAUACAGAGCCUGCAUAUUUUGCUAUUGACUGGUUCAUGUGUUUGUAUACACGCAAUUUACCAUGGUCUACAGUGCUCCGUAUAUGGGAUAUGUUCUUCUUUGAAGGUGUGAAAGUUAUAUUUCGUAUAGCACUUUCUAUAAUUCAACUUUUAUUGGGAGAUUCAAAUUCAAGAAGAAGAUUGAAUUCCAUGGAUAAAUUAGUGGAAUCUUUACGUAAACUACCCAAAAAUAUAGUCAGUGAAGAUGUGCUUAUUAAUCAUUCAUUUCGCUAUACGUUUAUCAAUAAAAAAGAACUUUUAAAAUUGUACCGAGCACAAGUAAAAUCCAUUGAAUGAACAUCAUCGUAUUCAUUUCAAUUCGUGAAUUUUCUUUUCUACAGAAAAUCAUGUAAAUUGUUUUUUUUUUCUUCAGAAUUUUACACUUGUACACUUGUUAUUUCUCAUUUGAAUUUAUCAAAAUUGUUUUUUAACUUUUUAAAUUUUUAAGGAUACUUUGCAUCCUCUUUCUACUUCAUUUUGCACAUUCAAUGAUAGGGGUGAAAUCAUUGCAAUAUAAAUUCCGUAUUUUGCUAAUUAUAUCAUGUUUUUCUUCUUUGGAACAAGCUACAUUUCUUUGAUUAGGCAAUAACUUUUUAAGUCAUUUAUAAAUGCUCCGGUAUUCUUGGAACAGUGUGUUAAUUUCAGUUUUUGUUGCUUCCGCU